AUGAAUGAAGUCGCGCUGUGGGUCGGCGCUGCCUGCCUCUUUGGCGCUGGAAUCGGCUUCGUCCAAGGCGUGGAUAAAGCCUCGGAGUAUUUCGCCGGGUAUUUGUUAGAGCAAAGUUUAUCGGUGGAUAAUCUUUUCGUUUUUAUUUUGGUGUUUGAUUACUUUAAAGUGCCGGAAUCGACGCAACCGAAGGUUCUGAGCUACGGGAUUGUCGGAGCGAUGAUCAUGAGAGCGGCGAUGAUUCUCGCCGGCGCGACGGCUAUCGAGGACUUUGAGCCGGUGUUGUUAGUCUUCGCCGGCAUUUUGAUUUUCUCGAGUUACAAGUUACUCGCGAACAACGAAGAGGAGGAAGAGGAGGACUUGAAAGAUUCCGCCAUCGUAAAGUUUUGCUCGAGCAUGAUUCAGGUAUCGGACGAGUACGAUGGGGAUAAUUUUUGGACGACUGCAAAAGACGGAGUGACGAAAAUGGCGACGCCUUUGUUGUUAGUGGUGGCGGUCAUUGAGCUUUCGGACGUGGUCUUUGCCGUGGACUCAAUCCCGGCGGUAUUUGGAGUCACAAAAGAUCCGUUUAUCGUGUACACGUCGAACAUAUUCGCAAUUUGCGGCUUGCGAUCGUUGUUUGGAUUCGUUUCCGCGGUCGUAUCGGAGUUGGAGUAUUUAGAAACCUCCGUGGCUGUGGUUUUGGGAUUUAUUGGCGUGAAGAUGGUUGCGGAUUACGCCGGGUACCCCAUGUCCACCGAAGCGAGUUUAGCGGUGGUCGCGACGUUGUUAUCUGGAGGCGUUGCGGCGAGUUAUCUGUUCCCGUCGGCGCCUGCUGAAGUGACUUCUUCCGUGGAUGAAUAA